GAGAAGCUUACCUGGUUAGAGUACGCGCCACGCUAUGGGCUUUAGAGGCAAAGAAUUCGUGCGGCAUUUCCAAUAAACUCAACAGUCGCCGCCUCUAGCGUGAACAGAUUAACGGCUGCGAUGACGAGUGGAGAGCCAACGGUGCAAAUCAACGGACUGAGAUUUACCUACCCAGGAAUCGACGGCCAUCCGCCGCAGGGAAGCACUCCUUUAAUCGAAGAUUUCUCCCUUAUACUAAAUUCUAGUGAGAGGUGCCUACUUGUCGGUUCCAAUGGCGCUGGGAAAACAACGAUCUUGAAACUAUUGGGAGGAAAACACAUGGUGGAACCACAAAUGGUGCGGGUGCUGGGAAGAUCUGCUUUUCAUGAUACAGCUUUAGCGUCGUCUGGUGACCUCUGCUAUCUUGGAGGAGAGUGGAGGCGAGAUGUUGCUUUUGCGGGGUUUGAGGUUCCGAUACAAAUGGAUGUUUCAGCUGAGAAAAUGAUUUUUGGAGUAGCAGGUAUUGAUCCUUUGAGAAGAGCGGAGUUAAUCAAGGUAUUAGAUAUUGAUCUUUCAUGGAGGAUGCACAAGGUCUCUGAUGGUCAGAGAAGGCGUGUUCAAAUUUGUAUGGGUCUCCUGAAACCAUUCAAGGUUUUGCUUCUUGAUGAGAUAACAGUUGAUCUUGAUGUGCUAGCCAGGGCUGACCUUCUGAAAUUCCUAAGAAAGGAAUGUGAAGAGCGAGGUGCCACCAUCAUUUAUGCAACCCAUAUAUUUGAUGGUCUAGAAAAUUGGCCAACACACAUUGUUUACGUGGCACAUGGGAAGCUGCAAUUGGCGAUGCCAAUGAAUAAAGUUAAGGAAAUCAGCAAGGUGUCAUUGAUGAGAACUGUGGAGAGCUGGCUUAGGAAAGAAAGAGAAGAAGAGAGGAGAACGCGAAAAGAGAGAAAGGAAAAGUUUGAAACACAUGUUGAGGGAAGCCGUGUGGUAGGAGAUCCAGCCCGUGCUGCUGUUCGAGCAUUGAAUAAUGGUUGGGCUGCAGGAAGACUGCAUGCCACUGUUGCUGGUGAAGAAAACUUUGUCCUUAGCUCAAACAGAGUUUUGAGGCAGUAAAUAAGUUAAAUAUUAAUGUUUACUGUACUUGGAGAUUUCUACUGAUGCCUUGGCAAGAUGUACUUGUGGAGAACUCCCCCCCCACAGCUCUACUAUUGAAUUUUCAAGGACUCGCUAGUUCAUACACUAACUUCUGUGAA